AUGGUGAAGGAUAAAUCUCUGAAAAGCUUGAGAGAAGUUGCUUUGGAAUAUUCGGAUGAUAUUUCACCUAAUAAUUUUAAAGAAAGAAUUUGGAGAUUAACAAUGCCAGUUUCUUUCAGCAAGAUUCGACCAGAUUUCUCCCAAGUUAAUUUACAAAAAUUGCCCUCUCACGAUAUUCUAUUCAAUUUAUGCUUAAAUUAUUUGGAAAUUUGGGAAAUAUUUAAACUUGUCAAGAGUUGCAAAUUUUGUUAUUGGAGUUUGCUUGAUGAUGAAGAAUUAUUUUGGAGGCAAAUUUCAAAACGAGAUGGAUUUAUUGGAAUGACUGAUGAAACUACAACUGGAGAGGAAUGUUCACGGAUUUAUUGUAAUUUGUGGGCUUCUUGUUUGGAAUUUGAAACUUUAUCUAAUUCUGCAUUUGUUGAAAGUUCUUCGUUCAGUACGAAGGCAGUUUCUAAUAAUCCACAAUUAUUUCUCAAUUUCAAAAAGAGAAUUAACGGAGAUUUCAAUCAAUAUUUGUAUAUUAUGAUGAGUGAAGGAAAGAAACGAUUUUUUAUUCAGAAAUAUUUAGUUGCUUUUGGAUUUUUGAGACUUAACAGAGGUGAAGAGAUGAAACUUUCAUUCCAAAAGACUUUAACGAAACUGUUUCAAAUUCUUUGUUGGAAGGAGGAUGGAGCCACAUUUGAGGUUGGGCUUGAUUACGAGAAAACCAUUGUGUGUAAUCUUGUUGGAUUGGCCUUUGAGACAAGAUUUAAAUAUUUGGAGGAGGAAUUCAAGAAUGAAGUGGAAAUUUUCUUUAUCAAACAUGCAGCCUUUAGGGUCUCAUGUCCUAAAAUCAUUACUGUUGAAUCUUUUUAUGACAGAGCUAUCAAAAUUAUGGAAAGAAAAUGUAGGGAGAAUUAUAAUUGGAAUAGUUGUUAUGACUUGUUGGUUGAAUUAUUGAAAAAUCCAAAAUCCAAACUGAAAAGAUCAAAUGAUUACAUUCUGAUUGUAAGGUGUUUCAUGUCUUGCACUAUUAGGAGAGAGUAUUCCAUUAAAUUGGUUGUGAAUCUAUUGAAAAAUGAUAACCUAUUCGACCACUUACCAAUCUAUGAAUUGGUUUGCAAAGGUUUGAAGUGGUUUGAUCCAGUUAUUUUUGACAAGUUGACACACGAAAAAUUCUACUCACUUGGUUGUAAAGAAUACUACAUUGAAAUAUUGACCGAUUACAUUACUACUUGUGAGCCACUUGAUUUGAGUAUACGCCAAAGAGCUCUGGAACGUAUAUUAUUCAUUUUCAAUGAUCCAACAGUUCAACUACUUGAACCAAUACCCUACAAGUUACUAAAAUCAAUUGAACAGAGCUCAUCUCGUUUGAAUUUUGAAACAAAAGAGUUAGAGGAUUGUUUUUUUAAUAGUUGGAGGAAAAUUAAACUUGUCCCAGAGUUACAAAUGGCCAAGGAUUUAUAUGGAAAAAACCACAAGAGAAUGGUGGAUCAAUUGUUCGAGUUGAAAUUGAAUCCAACAACUGAUCCAUCACUUGUGGGCGAAAUGUUUGAAAUACUCACAACCCAUGGACAGACACUUGGUGAAACAGAGAUGGAAUCUCAAUUAUUUCAUUGGAAGUUUACUGAAUUUUUUGUUGAUUAUUGUUUACAUGGAGAGUUCAAAGAUACUUACAAUAUUCAAUUAGCUUACAGAUACCUCUCUAUGAAAUAUCCUACUGGAGUAACAGCAAUGUUGGAGGCCAUGCAACACGCUGAGAAGAAGAGUCAAACAAGGUCUCAUACUCUCAAAAAGUAAAUAUCUUUUGUAAUGGAUCU